AACGGCGACCUCUACCUCGCGACACGGUACUGGUGUGUUUAUUAAAAAUUUUAUGUGAACGUCAAAAUUAUUUUAUUUGUCAAUAAACCAACCCCUACUAGAUCCUCCUCGCAGUCCGUUGGUCGAUUUGCUGCGCGAAAAAAAUUGUUAUUAAACUAACCUCAAUCGGACGGUUUUUUUUUUAUUCGGAAUUGAGCCAUAAAUUGGAACCACCGAGAACAGCUGAGCUUCAACUUCCCUUCUCUUUUCUCCGCUCCUCACAACCUCGCGUUCUUUUUGCCUUCAGAGAGUGCCUUCGGGUGAGUGAUUCGCUGGUAUUUCAAUACUCCAUCUGCAAAGAAAAAUAAUAAUAAUAAUAAGUGAGAAGUGCUAUCAAAGUUGAAAUCGAUCGUGCCUGUUUGCUGGAGUUCUGGCUGAAACUGAUACUCUAAACGAACCAGAAAAAACGAAAAAAAUUGCCAAGACACCAGGUGGCAGACGGAACCCGGCCGUAGACCCUUUCUGCGAAGAAUCUGCUCUGCUCGAUCCCAUCGGAACAACAGUUGAAACCAACCCGUACUGGAUGGCAGCGUAUCAAUAAGACUGGACACAUCUCGGACGACCAGGAAACAUUCGAAAUGCAAUCGAUGCGAACGCGUAGCCGAGUAGUACGAUCAGACUAAAUGCCAUGGAAUCGUCGAGUCAUGGUGGCGGCGGAGGCCUCAGCAGCAGCGCUGCUCCGUCAUCCCUCGUGAUCACGCCCUCUCCGUCGAUAGGUCCUGCCUACAAGACGCCCAUGCGCCCGAAGGGCCACUACCGAUCGUCCUCGCUGGAGAACAACCCUUUCGCAACCGGAAGCGGUGGCAAGUGCUCCCUCAGCUUAGUACAAACCAACUUUACCGGAACGCUCAAGUCCCGACGGGAGCAGAAACGGAUAUCGGACUUUCUCAGCAAGCAGAGCCUCCACAAUGCCAGUGUUGCCAACAGCAGCGGUUGUAGUUCGCUGAUCGGAGCCGUCGGCAAGGAGCACUCGUCGACGAUGUCGAUUAACGAGAGUACCAUACGGAAGGCACACUUUGAGAACAUUCGGGAGAUUUUCGAGAAGAAUAAUAGCAAAAAUGCCUACAACAGCAGGGUGGGGACGGGAUCCGGAUCGGCCAUGGCCAAGAUCAACGGAUUAGUGACAGCGGCGACGGCAUCCUCCUUGGGGCAUGAGACACCGACAGCGCAGCACGCAGCCAUGGGAGGCGGAUCACUGUCCGCGGACGAUAAACCGCCCAAGAUUCAGUCCUGCAGUGGGAUCCUCGGGAAGGGCAAACAGGUGAUCCGUCCAAUCGCAUUCAAACCAGUUCCUUACAAAUGUAACACACCAAAUUACACCAGUAGCAGUGGCAGCGGCGUCGGCUGCAGCAGUAGCAGCAGCGUCGGUGCUGGAGCCGGUGGUCGGCUAACGGACCUCGGCGAGCGUUUCGGUUCUACGCCUUCGCUCGGAGCUCCCCUUAGCAUCCAGUACAAGUUCGGCAGUACGACCGAUCUGCACCACCACCACCAUCACCAUCACGGGCAUCAGCUUCUGGGUGCAAACUCCGGUGGGGCUGCAACCCCCAGCGCCGCCAGCGGUCCGUCCAGUGGGUCCUACUCGCAGCAAUACGGAACGCUUCUGCGGAAAAGUUCGGCCAUUCCGUUCAAGACGUACGAUAGCUUGGAGUCGAUUCUGAAGCUGCCGGACAGUAUGAUUGCGUCGUACCCGAAUCCCAGUACCAGCCAAUCAGCGGGCCUGUAUGCACCGCACGACCUCCUGGACAUGGCUCCGUCCCCGUCGGAUUCGGGCAUCUCCGAGCUGGAAGCGGCCCUGCGCGAUCGCGACUCCGAACUGGCCUACCUUCGGCAAACCAUGGAGCACAAUGAGCAAGUAAUAUUCAAAGUUCAUCAGGACAAGGAAAAACACUGGGAACAGGAACUGAAUCGCUUGAAAUCGAUCCACGAAGGUCGACUCCGGGCCGGAGCGCAGAAGGUGCACAAACUGGAGCAACUGCUGAUGAUGCAGACGUUUCAGCUGCGGCAGGACAAGAAACGUCUACAAGAGGACAUUAACCGGCUGCAUUCGGAUUUCACGCUGGCCAAGGAACAAGCCGAACACCAGAAGACGGAAAUCUGUCACCUCAAGCUUGGCGAAAAGGAUCUCAAGGAACAGAACGCCGACCUGAUGGACGAAAUUCAAAUGCUGCGGCGAGUGGUCAGCGAUCUGAAGGAACGGCUCGAAGAAAGCGAGUGGAGUCUCUGCCAACGGAAUGGUGAAGUGGCACUGAUGAAGUCACAACUCAAGGACGCUCAGGCGGAGGCGACUACAAAGGACCAGGAGAUUCUGCAGUUGCGAUCGGACAUUAAGUUGCAGAGCUACGACGAUAUCAGUUUGAAGAAAUCUGAGAUAACGAAAGAGCUCGACUUCGAUCUGGAGAUUUCCCAGCUGAACCGCAUCAUCAUCUUCAAGGAUCAGAUCAUCGUGGUGAUGAACAACGAAAUCCAGAAGUUACGCAAGGAACUGUCUGACAUUUCGAUUAUGCGAGGCUACGAAGGCGUACCGUCCGGACGCUACUCUCGCUACAAGAAGAAGCUAGAGUACGUGACGCAAAAGUUCGAAGAGUCGGCCGCCAAAAGCGACAGCAACAACAACACCAACAGUAAAAUCACCGGAGGCACUCCGAAAAACUCGGCCGACUCGGGAGUCGCCGACCUCACCAAGAAGACCGGUGGUGGUGAUCUCAGCAGUAGCGACCUCAUCCGGAACUACUUCAACAACAAGCUGGAGGUGAACAAGAAGCUCUUCCUCAACACCCAAAUCUGCAACUACUCGGACGAGGACAAGUCCAGCAUCAUCGAGAACUACAACGCCAAGAAGCUCCCGGAUAUCACGUUGGACCUGAGCAGCAUUGUCGUGUCCACGGGUAAGCCUCCCAAUCAGGAUCCCGAUUUCAAAGAACCUCCCAGCAGUUACAACCAGAAUUCGGCGUCGCCGUCGUCGGACGAUGACUACAAAUCCAUGACCCCGACCCGGGAUCAGGAAGAGGAGGAGGACGAAGAGGAUGAGGUUCGUGCGCUUACGGAUAAGGUGGCUCCAGCUCCCGAGAGAGCGAAAGAAGCCGCAGGCUGUGAUAAGAAACUGGCGUCCGGAGAAGGAGACAAGGACCUGCAAAUUACGCGACUCCGCAAAGAACUGCAGGACUCCAGGACCGAAUUCGAACAAGAGCGGCUCAAGUGGGCUGACGAGAAGGAGAAGGUACUGAUCUACCAGCGCCAGUUGCAGCAGAACUACGUCGAGAUGAGCAAGCGGACGGCCGCGCUGGAGGAAAAGCUCAAGACGGUCGAGCAGAAGCAGCAGUGAUGGAACUAAUCUUGCCGGAAUAAUUAAAAAAAAAAAAGUGUGAACAAUAGGUUGUAGGUUAAUUUCAGAAAGUAAUAGGUUUCAUUAGCCACAGUGUUGCCGUAAUUUAUCUAGGUGUAUAACGAUUUCGGUUCAUUGUAUUAUAGAGUUAAGUUGGUCAACAGAGACAAGUCUGACGCAUACGGACAUUCCCAAAUCGCACUAUCUCUCUUAUCGUUAUUGACUUUAGAUAGAUUAAUUGGAACAACUUACAUCGUAUAUAUCUCCAAUCGCAACAGCAGCAAGUGUUAUUAGAGUGAAUCUAGGAUGAAUUUUUAUUUUUUUUUUUGCCUACUGUAUUGCUAUUUUUAUGAAUGAUA